AGUGAACGCUACUGUCCGUGUUGGCCUAGUUUGAAUGCUGCCUGGACUUGAUCCACUGGGAGCUGCUGAGUAAAUACGCAUCCACCAUGUUGCCUUCAGACAAAGAGCUUGAAAAGAUCGUGACCGAGAUGAACCAUCUUUCACUCAAGAGACAACAACUUCUGGAGAGGAAAAAGAUCCAGUGCAUCUUCCAGGAGAUGAGGAAUCGUGCAGAGUUCAGACAAACAGAGGUGGCAGCCUCAACUCUGCACGACAGCAUAGAUGACCAACUGGAACAACUGGCAGAAAGGGAGGCAGAGCUCCAAAGAAGCCAUGACCGAAUCCUGCGUGCCAGAGACACAAAGAAUGAGGCUGGUCCCGCCUCCUGUCAGAUAGUUUCUGAUGUUCCUGGCGUUCCUGGCGGCACUAUUUUCUAUGUUGAGAGUCCACCGAAUAUCCCUGCCCCGACAGUGAUUCUGGAUGUGGAGGAGCUUCCCCAUUGUCCAUGCAGGACGCAGUGUCCAGAGUGCAAGCAGUACAUCAUAACGGAGACCUUCACCUCCAUCAGCAGCGUCACCUGGCUGGUGUGCUUCAUGGCGGCGAUGGUUGGCUGCGUGGCGGGUUGUUGCCUCAUUCCCUUCUGCAUGGAUUCGUUCAAAUCCACCACACACAGAUGUCCCAAGUGUCGCACGGCGUUUAAGACUGUAAAAAAGCUCUGAGAGAAAAACUGCCGGUCGAGACAUGGAGCUCAGACGGAAAGGGAAUCCGACAAGAGCCAAGUAGAGUUUUCCUCCGCUGUUUGCAUUCACUACCGUCACAAUACUGCAUUUCAAUGGUUGAAGGGUAAUGUUUGUUAAUAUUCACUUUGGUUUUAAAGCAGCACGUGGCGGAAGGAACAUGUGGUGCAAUGCAAUCUUCCUGUAUGUAAUUGUCUAUCAUAGAAUCAUUUUAUGAGCUGUUUGUAUCAAAUUUACCGUCACAUUUAAAAUUCUAGCUGCUUAACUUUGAGUAGAAGUGGACAACACAGAAUUUUAGACGUUGUUGCCAAAAAUGGUUGUCUUCUCAAAUUCCCCAAUGUCAAAAUUUGAGAUGUUGUUAUUUUUACUGCACUUGACUGUUGACAUUUUGCUUAGAGGUGAAAUAUAAAGAGAGAAAAGUGGAUGUAGAGUUGCUGUAUGUGUGUGUGGAAACACACCGUGCUCCCUGAGAUAAUAAAUACUUUACCUUUAAGACACCAGUUUGGACAAAGUUUCAUUGCACGUGAUGCAUUGCAGUGUUGAUUGGUGCUCGAUGACCCGGAGAGGCCUCUGGUACUUCUGGGGUUCCGUUGUAACCAGUGGACAUCAGUGCCCAUACUCCUUCUCUGAGCGCUGCUCGUCGUUUACGGUCCGAUAAGCAACUUGAGAUGCGAGACUAGAGGCGAAGCCGAGAGAUGAAGUGCAAAUUUGAAACAAACAAAAAGCCAAUUUCAUAGUCAGAAUCGCUGGUCAGGUUUUGGGAUUACAUAUUCACCAAUGCGUUUGAGCUUUAAAUUUCCACAUUGACCGUUAACCUGCACUCAACCAAAACCUGCUCAAAUGUGAUUGUUCAAUAUUUGAAAUGAGGCGGUAAUGUGCUGGCAGUAAGAAAAAUCCCUUUAACAUUUACAGUUUGGCAGCAAUGCUCGAGAUAACCUGCAGAGGGUGACAGUUAAUGCUUAACGAUGCCGCGCUAUCGUGUAGUGGGUCAUAAAGUUGUGUGUGCUGGUUUCUUUGAUACUGAAUUACAUGUUAAUUAUACCAGAAGUCAUUUUUUACAAUUAGCCAGAAGAACGGAGAAGUUGUCAGGCGAGUCAGACGUCGGCUCAAGCUGAUUAGAUUCAGAUGUCGCCAGCAGAUGUCGCUGCAUUAUAAAUAAACUGUGAUGCCUUCAUGUUAUUUCAGCUGGAAGUGAUCAGUGGUUCAUGAGGAUAGAUGUUAUUUUUCUGUAAGAUGCGUCCGUAUGUGUUGCCAUGCUUACAUCUCUUGUACAAAGUAACCAAACAAAAGAAAAACCAAGCAUAAUUCAAUAUUUGAACCCUCCUUUGAAGACUCUUAAAACAAUGUUGCAAGAAGGUUUUUAUCAUUAUUCACUUGGAAAUAGUCUCUCAGAGCACAGCGGAUGGCUUUUGUCAUCCUUACCUGUAUUCUACUGUUCACGCUAUUGGUUUUACUAAUGCAUGUGGAGAUUUGGCUGCAGCUAAAAAUCUUUCAGAACUGGUUGACGAAUGCAGCAAAUUUGUGCAUUAAUUACUUUGUAAUAAAUGUAAUAAAUUGAUUGAAUUACUCUGUGAUUUCA